AUAAAUCAACCGCGGAAACGAAAUUUGCCCGGUCAAAAAAAAUAGAUUUUUCCUCUAUAUACUAUAGUUCUGACACUUUUUACUAAAUUAGCAGUUUUUUUAUUUAUUCGUUUUAAUGUUUAAAUGUGCUUGCUGUGGCCCUGAGGUUCCAUGAGCACACAAUCCGAAGAGAAGCAAAUGACGCGUUCGGCCUACGAUGUGCAACGGGACUUUGGGCUAAGUAGCGGCCUGCGCUCGGAAAUAAUUUGGGACUCACUUGCCCCAGAUCAGGCGGAAGUGCUGAAACAAAAGAUCGAAAAUCUGAUAUUGGAGAAUGAGGCAAGAAACGGGCGCACGGUGGCUAAGCAGCGCGAGCAACUGUUCCGGAAUGUGUGGCUACAGCGUAAGUACACGAACCGCACUCUGCUCUCGGCCAUUAUCUACGUGCUGGUCACGCCCGAAAUGGAUGCCGAGCUGGCCGUGCAGUCCACCAGCUUCAGCUGCCACCCAGUCUUUCGCACCCGCAAAUGCAUGAAGGGCGAGAACAGCGAGGACUGCUGCAUGAUAUUCAUCGACGAGCACGGCCGGGUGUAUGCCAAUUGGGAGAAGUAUGUCUUCGGAAAUACCCUGCCAAAGGGCAUGAUGAUAGCUCCAAGUCGCGGCAUUUACACCUUCACCAACGACGAGGACGCCGGAGUUCAGUUAAUGGUGCAUCCCACGCCAGCGACAGGUGUGCGGCAGAGAGUCCUGAAUGUCGGCGACAAGUUGGCCACUGUUGGCAGCCUUGUGGCGAGUGUGCCCGUAGCUGCCGCCUUGGCUGUGCCCGUAGGCGGACCCAUCAUUGUGGCCGCCACUGCUGUGGGCAUUGCAACGGCAGCGUACAGCACCCUGCGCUCGGCCAACCGCCUCUACGAUCGUGUCUGUCACGGACAGUCCACUUCCAUCAAGGACAGCGAAGCACGAGGCCAAUGGCUAGGCGUGGCUGGAGGUGUGGUUGGCCUAGGAGCCACCGGAGCAACCAGACUACUGUCUCGAGUAACCGCAGCGGGCAUCGAAGUGAACUGUGCCGCUCAGUUCGCCGUGAAGGGCAUCAAUGUGUCGUCUGUUGUCAUAUCCGGCACGGGUGUGGCCAACGGUGUGUACGAUUUGUAUUUGAAAGUGGGCGACGAUCAGGCCCUGUCGAAGCUGGAUAUAUUGCAGAUUGCCUCCAGCCUUGUGAUAUUCACGCACUCUCUCAACAAUCUCCGCAUAGCUUCCAAGGUGAGCAAUAGAUCGACUUUGAUGCGUGCGCUGCGCAAUCAAACCAGAAGAGUCGUCCGGCAAAUCUCGCAAGAGUCCAUAAAGCUGCAUAGCGGCUCCAGCGCUGGCAAGUUCGACAUUGUGCGCACCUUCAACGAUAUACCCUUCAGGGAGGCGCUGCUUAGCCUGCACAAAAUCAAUUCACAUCUCGCACAAGGCGCCUCCAUGGUGGGUGCCCUGGGCGCCACUGUGCUGCCCAAUAUUGUGAGCCUCGGCAGUGGCGGACAGCUGCGCCUGAAUGUGGAAAUGCUGGCCACCCAAUUUGGCAGCAAGUUUGUGGAGCACAUCUGCAGUCUGGGCAACUUCACGGACGUGCUGGACGCUCUGGCCCGGUACUUUAGCGAUAAGGCGGUGCAACUCUUCAUCGAUAUGACGCGCACCUUUGUGGAACAGAAUAUCGACUCCAUAGACCGCAACCUACACACAUUCGUAUCCACGGAGACGGUGCUCUAUCGCAUAUUAAUGCAUUGCGUGCAUACCUACGAUGAUUUUGCUGUGGAGUUCCUUGAGCGCCAGCGCAAGGACAUCAUGGAAGUGGUCUCCAAGUACUUCAAGUCCCUGCAGCCUCUCGACGUGGGCAACUGCAGCAAAUACAUGUGUGCUGUGUGCAAGGGCACGUACUACAUAAGUCCCUUGUGAGUCCGUAACGUCUGUCUGUUAAAUGGAAAUGUGAUCAUAUCAAUAGAUUUAAGCCCUGUACCAGUGCCUUGUGAGAUUCUAUUAACUGUACUAAGAUUUCUAUGUAUUUCUUUUCUUUAUUUUGGGUUACAUUUGCCCGUCUUAACAACUAAAUAUUAAUCUA